AUGUAUACAUCAACUCCAUAUACAAAUCAUAGAUCAGCAGAACAUUCAACUAUAUCUAAUGAAAUGGAUAUUUCAAAUAAGAUUCAAUUUAAUUCUAACUUAAAUGGAACUCAAACAAGUUGGAAAAAACGUAAUAAACCAUUAGUGGAGAAACGUAGACGUCAACGCAUUAAUCAUGCAUUGGAUGAAUUGAGAAGAUUGAUUAUAGAGCCUAGAAUCAAACAUUCUAAUAAAUUAGAAAAAGCGGAUAUUUUGGAUAUGACAGUCAAAUUCAUAAAAGAUUUAACAACUAAUUUUCAAUUAGAUAAAUAUCAAACUAUAUUUCAAGAAUCUCAACAAAUUGAAAAUAUUCGAAUGUUUUAUUAUGGAUAUUUAUCUUGUGAAAGUACUUUUAAAAGUAUUAUUCAAAAACAUUUUGAUCAUCAACAAUCAACAUCUUCAACAAUGAAUCAAAUGAAUCAAAAUGAUCUUAUUAAUAUUAACAAUGAAUUGUAUCAUUCCAAACAGUUUACAAUGUCACAUAUAUUAAACACUGUACAUUCAUCAUCAUCAUCAUCAUCAUCAUCACCAGCAUCAACAUCAUCAUCAGUAUCAUCAUCAUUAUCACCAUCCUCAUUAUUCCCAUCGAAACAACUUUCAAUCAAUGAUUUAUCUGAAUCAAUAAACUUUAUACCUAAUUAUAGUCUUUCCUAUAAUACUGAACAAUCACAAGAUUUUAUUAAUUCAUUAAUUUCAUUAAAAACAACGGAUAAGUUAGUGUCUAAUCGAAUUUCACAUAAUAAUUGCAGUAAUGAAAUGUCUUUAUCAUUAUCUACAUUAUCAUAUAAUAAUUCAUUAGAAGAGAAUAAUUAUAAUACAGAUGAAGAUCAUGUAUUAUGGAGACCAUGGUAA